GGUCAUCUGAUUCAUCUGAUUUAUGAUUAUUCGUAUAACUGUCAAAAUAACUCACAAAAACAAUUAAAUCGGCUCCAAAACACUUCGAUUUUUCAAAAUAUAAUAUAAGAUAAAGGAAAGUCUGAAAUUCUAACUUAUCAAAAUGUCAAGUAUGACAAUAUCUGCUGUUCGUUCGCGAACAAGUAUACUCGAUAAACCAUUGAGCAAAGGAAAAGGAGAGGUUAGCCUCAGUUGUUAUGCACUUUUGUUUUCGGAACUUGUGCAAUAUUGUCAAAAUCGGGUAUAUACAGUGCCGGAAUUGCAAAGCAAAUUGGCAGAAAUGGGAGCUGAGGUCGGCCACAGAAUAACUGACCUUCUGGUAGUUAGAGAAAAGAGUGGCAAGCGAGAAAUAAAAUUAUUAAAUGCAUUACUUUUUAUCAAAAGUACACUAUGGAAGUCAUUGUUUGGUCGUGAAGCUGACAAACUGGAGCAUGCUAAUGAUGACGAGCGUACUUAUUACAUAAUAGAAAAAGAAUCUUUGGUUAAUAAAUUUGUGUCUGUGCCAAAAGACAAAGGAAGCUUGAACUGCGCUUCGUUUGUGGCAGGAAUUGUCGAAGCUGUGCUUUGCGACUCUGGCUUUCCUGCCAAGGUGACAGCUCAUUGGCAUAAAGGCACUACUUAUAUGGUCAAAUUUGACGACGCAGUUGUGGCCCGAGAUAAACAAUUGGAAGAUAGAUAAUCAGAAAACGAAUGGUGGCAUGAAUAAAAAAAUCAUACUUAAAUUAUGUGUUGUUUGUAUUGAAAAUUCCGAAACGUGUAAAUUUAUCGGUGACACAUCGAAGCCUGUGAUUGUACAAAUAUGAGGCCGUGAUUAAUUCUUCAAAUAUUUUUUAAACUGUUUGGAA